AUCCCCGAAAGGUCUUCUCUCUCUCUCUCUCUCUCUCUCUCUCUCUCUCUCUCUCUCGCGCUUUUUGGUGAAUGGUGGAGUGUGACUGUGACGACAGGCUCCUUUCUGAAAAUCCUUCUUUACUAAUUAUUAUUCAUCAUUUUAUUUUAUUACUAAAUUAAUCAUCUUUCUCUCUUCCCCUUUCAUUUCCUUUCAAACCAGCUCUCUCUCUUCUCCGUUUCACCCUUUCUUUUCUUCUUAUUUCUUUCUACCUCCUCCUCUUUGUAUUUCCCCUUCUAUACUACCACUUUUCACAAUCAAUCAUUUCUUCAUUUAGGGUUUCCGUUCAAUUUAUACCAAUUUCAUCAUGGAUUCGGAGGAUGAGUUCGAUAUGCAGGAUGCUGCCGCUGAAUCUGCUGAUGAUGAUUUCUACAGCGGAGGUGAUGAUGCUUUUGAUAGCGAUGACGCUGAUGUUGCUGAUUAUGAGUUCAUCGAUAACGAUUCCGAUGAUUCCGAUGACCUCAUCUCCCAUCGUUAUCAGCAAAACUAUACCAUUCUGGGUGAAGCAGAUAUUUGUCAACGUCAAGAAGAUGAUAUUAUGAGGGUAUCUACUGUACUUUCCAUUUCAAAGGUUUCAGCUAGCAUUUUGCUCCGCUAUUACAACUGGAGUGUCAGUAAAGUGCAUGAUGAAUGGUUUGCAGAUGAAGAAAAGGUUCGCAGGGUUGUUGGCUUAUUGGAGAGACCAGUUGUUCAAUUUCCAGAUGGUACAGAAAUGACAUGCGGAAUUUGUUUUGAAACAUAUCCUUGUGAUAGGUUGUAUGUUGCUGCUUGUGGUCAUCCAUUUUGUAGUUCAUGCUGGCAAGGCUACAUAAGCACAGCUAUUAAUGAUGGUCCUGGAUGUUUGAUGUUGCGAUGUCCUGAUCCUUCCUGCAAUGCUGCUGUCGGUCAAGAUAUGAUUAAUGAGUUGGCUUCGGAUGAAGACAAGGAAAAGUAUUCUCGCUAUUUCAUAAGAUCUUAUGUUGAGGACAAUAGAAAGACCAAAUGGUGCCCUGCUCCAGGAUGUGAUUAUGCUGUGGAUUUUAUUGUUGGCAGUGGAACCUAUGAUGUAACUUGCGGCUGCUCAUAUAGUUUCUGUUGGAAUUGUACUGAAGAAGCCCAUCGUCCUGUUGAUUGUGGAACUGUGGCCAAGUGGAUACUGAAAAAUAGUGCUGAGUCUGAAAAUAUGAACUGGAUAUUGGCUAAUUCCAAACCUUGUCCAAAGUGCAAACGACCUAUUGAGAAAAACCAAGGUUGUAUGCAUAUUACAUGCACACCGCCUUGUAAAUUUGAGUUUUGCUGGCUUUGCCUUGGUGCAUGGUCAGAUCAUGGAGAGAGGACUGGGGGUUUCUAUGCAUGUAAUCGUUAUGAGACAGCAAAGCAAGAGGGAGUGUAUGAUGAGGCUGAAAAGAGAAGAGAAAUGGCAAAAAAUUCUCUAGAGAGAUAUACUCAUUAUUAUGAACGAUGGGCAACCAACCAAGCUUCUAGGCAAAAGGCACUGGCAGACCUACAGCAAAUGCAAACUGUGCAUCUUGAGAAGUUGAGUGACAUACAGUGUCAACCUGAGUCUCAACUGAAGUUCAUAACUGAGGCCUGGCUACAGAUAGUUGAAUGCAGACGAGUUUUGAAAUGGACUUAUGCCUAUGGAUAUUAUUUACCUGAGCAUGAACAUGGCAAGAGAGUAUUCUUUGAGUAUUUGCAAGGUGAAGCCGAGUCUGGGUUGGAACGUCUUCAUCAAUGUGCUGAGAAGGAGCUUCAGGCUUAUCUAAAUGCGGAGGGCCCAUCAAAGGAUUUCAAUGAGUUCCGCACUAAACUUGCUGGAUUGACCAGUGUGACUCGGAACUACUUUGAGAAUUUGGUUCGGGCGUUGGAGAAUGGUCUAUCAGAUGUGGACUCUCAUGGUGCCAGCAGCAGGACAACAAGCUCAAGGAGCUUGGGAGGUGGAAGCAGCAGGGUUAGAAGUGGGAGAGGCAAGGGCUCAACAUCCAGGUCAAGUGGCCCUAGCAGAAACAUUGAUGAUUCAGGCCACUGGUCAUGUGAGCAUUGUACGUAUGCAAAUAUCAGGUCAGCUACCGUUUGUGCAAUAUGUCAGCAACGUCGAUAAAUUUAAUUUUUCUACCCUGGUCAGCCACCUGGACUGGAAAUAUCAGUUUUGCCACUUUGGAGAAAGUCCAAUUACAUUGGGGAGACACGUUUUAGAGCACUGCGGGGGAGGGAAAGAAUAAAGCUACAUUUGAUUUCUCGGCUGUAUGACCUGAACUGCAAUGAUGGAGAAUUGAAAUGGGGAGGGGGUUGAAAAGGGAAGUGUUUGUCUUGUUUCUGGAGUCGGCUGUAAAUAGUUUGCCAUUUACUGCGAUCUUUAACUUGUAUUGGGUAUCUUAUAUCAGGAUCAUCCAUGCAAAAUAUAUAUAUUCAUCAUCUGUAAUCUUUACGAUCAUUUAUUUAUGUAUGUUACUAAUAGAUUUAUAGUGUACUUGAUGCUUUCAAGUGUUUUGUAGGAAUUAAAACUGCUUGGGGUUGGUAGGAUAAAUAAAUAAAUAUGUUGUACGA